UCAAUACAAAGCAUCACAAGAUUAAGAAUCUUUUGCAAACGCUAUGCUGGCUCUUUAAUUACGUCAAUUACACUGUAGUGCCCGUGCCUUUGUUUUCGCCCCACCCCACGCGCUGGGAUGGGCUCAUUGCAUUGCUGCAGACAGGUCAUCGCGUCCAUAACUGUUUCACUGUACAUCUUGUCCAGAAAACCCGACUUCCUCCACCUGGAAAAAGAAAGACCGCAGCGUAAAACGUCAUUAUAAACAGCUGAAUUGGAAUCGUUUCUACGCACUGGAGCAUUUUAGGGACCUAUUUCAGCAGCAUGCUCCAGUUUGGGGGGAUCUCGGCUCGCAUACACAAGGACAGGCUGAAGGCAGAAGGCAUGGGCACCAACGAGAGGGCUCUGAAGCUUCUCAACCAGGACUAUGAGGCCCUUAAACAAGAGUGUCUGGAGAGCGGAACCCUGUUUGAGGACCCCCACUUCCCAGCCCAAGCUUCCUCGCUGGGGUUCAAGGAGCUGGGGGCCCACUCUUCCAAAACUCGCGGGGUGGUGUGGCAGAGACCCACGGAGUUCACAGAUGAUCCCCAGUUCACUGUUGGAGGUGCUACAAGGACUGACAUCUGCCAGGGGGCCCUUGGUGACUGCUGGCUCCUGGCUGCCAUCGGCUCCCUCACGCUCAAUGAGAGGCUGCUGCAUCGAGUCGUUCCUCACGGACAGUCCUUCCAGGAAGACUACGCUGGAAUAUUCCACUUUCAGUUCUGGCAGUUCGGAGAGUGGGUGGAUGUUGUUAUUGAUGACAGGCUGCCCAUUAAGGACGGGGAGCUGGUCUUUGUCCACUCUGCAGAAGGAAACGAGUUCUGGAGUGCUUUGAUUGAGAAAGCGUAUGCCAAGUUGAACGGCUCCUACGAAGCUCUCUCUGGUGGCAGCACGACUGAGGGGUUUGAGGACUUCACCGGGGGCGUGUCAGAGAUGUACGAGCUGCGCCAGGCUCCCAGGGACCUGUACAAAAUCAUCCAGAAGGCUCUGGAGAGGGGUUCUCUGCUGGGCUGCUCCAUCGAUAUCACAAGUGCCUUUGACAUGGAAUCUGUGACGUUUAAGAAGCUGGUAAAAGGUCAUGCGUACUCUGUGACUGGACUGAAAGAGGUAGGUUACCGGGAGCGCACGGAGCGCCUGAUCCGCAUCAGGAACCCCUGGGGUCAGGUGGAGUGGACUGGAGCCUGGAGCGACAGUUCCUCAGAGUGGAAUGAAGUCGACCCUUCUCAUAAGGAGGAGCUUCAAUUAAAAAUGGAAGACGGAGAGUUCUGGAUGGCCUUCAAUGAGUUCCUGAAGCAGUUCUCUCGCCUGGAGAUCUGUAACCUGACCCCUGACGCCCUGAGCGAGGAAAGCCUGAGCUUCUGGAACACCGUCAAGUACGACGGCAGCUGGCGGCGCGGGAGCUCCGCGGGAGGAUGCAGGAACCACCCGAAUACGUUCUGGAUCAACCCGCAGUAUAAGAUCACCCUGCUGGAGGAGGAUGAUGACCCCGAUGACAACGAGCUGGCCUGCAGCUUCCUGGUUGCCUUGAUGCAGAAGGACAGGCGGCAGUACCGGCGGCACGGCCAGGACAUGCACACCAUUGGCUUUGCCAUUUACGAGGUUCCAGAUGAGUACAAGGGUUGCCAGAACGUGCACCUGAAGAAGGAUUUCUUCCUGAAGCACUCCUCGUGCGCUCGCUCUGAGACCUUCAUUAACCUGCGUGAGGUGAGCUCCCGACUGCACCUGCCCCCGGGGGAGUACAUCAUCGUCCCCUCCACCUUCGAUCCCAACAAGGAGGCCGACUUCGUCCUGAGAGUCUUCACAGAGAAGCAGUCAGACACCCAAGAGCUAGAUGAUGAAAUCGGUGCUGAUCUAGAAGAUGAGGAGGAGAUCUCAGAAGAUGAUGUUGACGAUUCCUUCAAGGUCAUGUUCCAGCAGUUAGCUGGAGAGGACAUGGAGAUCGGCGUGCAUGAGCUCAGGACCGUCCUUAACAGAGUGGUGAGUCGACAUAAGGACCUCAAAACUGACGGAUUCAGUAUGGAGUCCUGUAGGAGCAUGGUCAACCUCUUGGAUAAAGAUGGCAGUGCUCGUCUAGGAUUGGUGGAAUUCCAGAUUCUGUGGAAUAAGAUCAGAAAGUGGCUGACCAUCUUUAGGCAGUACGAUCUUGACAGAUCAGGAACCAUGAGUGCUUACGAGAUGCGUCUUGCUCUUGAAUCAGCAGGUUUCAAACUCAAUAACAAAUUAAACCAGGUUCUUGUUGCAAGAUAUGCGGACAAUGAAACAAUUGAUUUCGAUAACUUCAUCUGCUGCCUGGUCAAACUGGAAGUCAUGUUCAGAUCCUUUCAGCAGCUGGACAGAGAUGAAAGUGGCAUUGUUGAGCUGAAUCUAAAUGAGUGGCUGUUGAUGACGCUGUGCGGAUAACGAUGGAAUUAGUUGUAGGAGAGACAUCAAGGGCCUGUCCAUCCUGCAAGUGCCUCCCACCUAUACCAUAUCACAUAAUACCCUUUAAACCUCCCUUAAACUUGCUAUGAACCCAAAGUAAUACGCCUGCAAGAUCCAGAAAGGAUUUUAUGCUAGCCAGGGUCUUACAUUUUGUAUGCACCAUUCAGGGCAGGAUGAUAUUGAACCAUAAUUUCACCAUUUACUGAAGGUUAAUACUAUCUUUGCAUAGAUACACAAUCACCACACAACCAAACUAGCUAGCUGGUGUUAAUAAAAUUGUGUUAUAUUGCAUAAGACAUGGAUAUUGAAAUCAUGCAGUCUAGUUAUGAAAGAUUAACUUAUUUUGUUUCCCACAUUUAAUCUUGUACUGGUAAAACUCAAUAGUGUCAGGUGGUCUGAUUUUCUUUACAGGUUGAGACUGGAAGCAUUCAGCAGGUGGCAGCAUCCACACGUUUGUUUCUUUACUACACCACAGCAUCCUUUUUGAAUUAAUGUUUUAUGUAUAGUCCUUCUCACCAAAAUGUGCUGAAUGUGCUGUGCUCAGAACACAACAUGAUAACGCACAGUAUUCACAACACCACACAAUCGUUUUGAACCCUUUAGAUAUCACAUCACAUAUUUCCUGCCUCUUCACCCAGGUAACAACAGAACUUUAGAUGUGUCUCCUGAAAAAAAUCCUUCCCAAGCGCAAAUAAUAUAUCCAGAUUGAGUUAGCAAUAUCUAAUAAGCAGCAUGGCUAUUAAAUUACCUUCUCAGGUGUUACAUAUGCAUUAUACAAACUGAACUUUAGGUAAGGACAGUUCUUGUGCUGCUGUAGGCAACUAUACAUAGGUGACAGGGGUGCUUACUAUUUUUGUAUCACUGCAAAUUUUACUGUUCCAGACACUACAUAAUAGAGAAGGUUGGAUGUUGAUCUGAGAGGGAACUUACUAAUGUAGCCAACAAGUUAAACAGCGGUCAUGCAUGCUGUUGUAGAUUAUUUUAAUUCCCUUAAUAAUAAUCAAAAUUCAUCCCUUCUAACUGAUGUCGGUGUAGGCUACUUCACAGUAGUUAAAAAGGCAACCUACAUUUUAUUAGCGUGGAUUUCUUGAUAGCAGUAUUGUAUGGUUAGUACUUUGAGUCGAAGACGAUGAUUUUUAAAAUAUUAUUAUUAUUAUUAUAGAUCUGUUUUAUUGUUUGCCAUUCUCCAUGCCAGUACUAUAAUGAAAAUGAAUAGGUACAGUUACUGAAGAGUGUUUUAAAACAUUGGGCUGAUUCCUUUUGUACUGCAUUACUGCUAUGAGAAAUGUCUACUCAAUAAAGGACCAAAUAAAAACAGGA